AUGUACCAGCGACCGCCUGCAGGGUCUUCGCUGUUCGAUGUGUUGGUGGCUGUGGGGGCUCCCAGGUUGAUGGUGGCCAGCCAGUGGCCAGCUUUUUCUGUUGUGACAAGCCGCUCGCGCCGCUCACCGCGGUUUCGGAGCAAGCUGAAACAGCCAACGUGGCAGAUGGCCGCCGAUGGCCGCUGGUCAUGUGGCGAGGCCGCUGGGUUCCUGGCCGCGGUGGGGAAGGACGACGUUCUUCUUGACCUGAAUGGCACUUCAGCCGCCAAGGUGCGGCCCUUGCGGAUCGCGAUUAACUCGGCAAGCUGCAGAUGUGUUGGCAUAGCCAGGUGA